AUGGCGCCAAAAUUAAAAUCUCGUGCCAAGCAAUUCUCGGAGCUGGAGAAUCGGCCGACGAAAGAUUACGAUCCGGAGGAUACUCGAGACAAGAGCGAUGGUGACGAGUCCGGCGAUGACAGCGAGAUUGAACGCGCCGCCACGGAGCACUAUGCUACUGUCGGAAAGAGCAAACUUCGACAAAAGGAGCCCCUCGCGCUAGGACCGCAGUACCGGGGAACCAGAGUAUCCCGAAAAGCCCUUGAAGAUAGCGACGACGAUGACGAAGAGGGAGGCGAGUCAGAAGAGAGUGAGAACGAGGGCGACGAAGGCGAUUCUGAAUCAGACGACGAAUACGACGAUCCCGACAAAGUCGAUAUCGAGGCCGAAAUGAAGCGAUUAGGCGAUGAAGAUUUUGAGAUUGAUAGUGAUGAGGCAUUCGGCGAGUCGGACGAGGAGCGAUUCAAGGACUAUGCUUUCAGAGGCAGCUUGACGACGAAGGGGCGAAGGAAGCGGCCGAUCGCCGCCGAUUUUAUGACGGAUAGCGACCAGGAGGAAGAGGAAGAAGAGGAGGAGGAGGAAGAGGGAACGAGUAAUGAAGACGAUGAUGACGGGGAGGACGGUGUUUCUGUUGGUUCUGAGGACUCCAAUGUUGAGAUGAAUGGGGUUGAUGGUGAAGACGUCAGUGACAGCAGCGAAGACUCGGACGGUGGAGCUCCCAUUGGUUCGGAAUCCGAAAGUGAAGGCGGGGACGAGGAUGCCCCGAGACCAAAACCUGCCUCCGACAAGAAGGCAAUCCUAGCAGCCAUCUCAGACUCCGCGAGGCAAGACGCAGAAAAGGGCCAGGCCGUGCGCCAACAACGAAAGAUUUUUGACGGCCUCCUAAAUAUCCGAGUCCGUUUACAAAAGGCGCUUGUCGCUGCCAACAGUUUCGGUAGCAUCGGGGACGGUGCCGAUGAUGACGAUGUUGCGCGGGAGGCAUAUGAGGCCGCCGAGGAGGCGGCACUAAAACUCUGGAGUACCAUAGAUGACCUUCACUCGGGCAUCAAGGGCGUGUCAAAGGCCGGUGAGAAGAGGAAGCGCGAGGUUGAUAUGUCUACAUCUACGGAGACGCUGUGGGGCUACAUGGACGAGACCGAGAGAGCGGCACGGCAAAACAGGAGAAAGGUAUUGGAUAAAUGGUCAGGAAAGAUCGGAGCCACCACAGUCCCAGUCGGCAACAAGCUCAACUUAAACGCUAUGCGCAACUCCAUUUGCUCCGUCCUCGAGGAGCAGCUCCUAGAUCCGGAACGCCUCAUCAAGCGCACCAGGGUACCCCGCUCAUGCGCUCCUCUUCAGGCCUCUAAGGGCGUCAAAGAGGACGUCGACAUAUACGACGAUGCUGACUUCUACCAGCUUCUACUCAAGGAGCUUGUCGACCAAAGAUCGGCGGACACGGCGAUGAGCGGGCAGGCAAACGGCGGCGUCGUUACUGUGCAGUGGGCGGCGAUGAAGGAAGCCAAGGCGAGCAAGGUCGUGGAUAGGAAAGCGAGUCGGGGGAGGAAGAUGCGGUUUACCGUGCAUGAGAAGUUGCAAGGAUUCAUGGCGCCGGAGGAUAGGCGGGGGUGGGAGCAGGAGGCGAUUGAUCGGUUCUUUGGUACGUUGUUUGGCCAGAAGAUGCAGUUGAAUGAGGAGGAAGAGGAGAGUGAGGAGGAGGAUGAGAUUAAUGCCGAGGAAGCCGGUUUGAGACUAUUUAGAUCCUAG